GAUGCUAACCGAGCAAGCUCUGUACUUGUUCUGUGAACAGCGCUACAUGAUUGAGAGAUGUGGUGCUGCCACCAGACUCCAAGAAGAAACGUGGCGACCCACUUCCGUGGGAGCGGAUGGUAAAAGCCUACCGAUGACAUUACCAUCUCUGUCAGAAUUCCAGCCGGGUCACCUCACUACCUCUGGCGGAGGUGAUAUCGGACGGUCUCUUCAAGCAGCUCUUCUCCAUGGUGCCCAUCGCGAAGAAAAUGGCCAUCGUGCGCCUUGAUUCUGGCGUCCGGCCUACCUAUUAGGUUCGGGUGUGUGUGUGUGUG